GAAUUAGAUGAACUUAAAAAACUUUAUGAAUCAGCUUCAACAACUUUUACAUUUCAAGAAACUGAAAAUGAAGGUAACUACACUGAAAUUGAAGAUGUUAGUGAAGAUGAUGAAGAUUCUACUGCACUAUUGGUAUCAAAUUCUGAUGAUGAUUAUAAUGAAAGUGAUUUAUCAAAUUCAGAAUCGACUGAUAAUAAUAAUGAAUUAUUGGUUAGUCAAGAGUAUAUAGUAAAAGAUCAAAAGGCUAAGUAG